AUUCAGUGGUGAUAUGUAAUCUGUGACAUAACCCUUUGUUUUCUUCCUAAUUAAUAAAACUAAAUAGAGAAAAAUACUAAACCGCUACAUUUUUAGUUAAGCGUUUUUUUUUUCAAUCCAGUAGUAGAAGUUUAAUUAAUAAGAAUAGUGCUAGGUUUUAUAAUUCUAUCAAUUUACUAUCAAACAUGCCGAAAUCCAAAAAGAAGUUCAUCAAUAAAAAGAAGGCAGUGACCUUUCAAUUGGUGAAUAGAAGUCUACAAGAUCCUAUGAGUGUAGAUGUAGAUGCUCCACAACAAGUACUUAAACCAAUACUCAAGGAAACUGCCGAAGAAAGAGCAAAUCGUAUUGAUGAACAACAUAAAUACGGUAUAUAUUUCACCGAUGAUACUAAUUACUUAGAAUUUUUGAAGGAACGUAGUGAUAAUCGAAUGGAAUGGCCAGAAACUGCUGAAAAACAAAUUGAAGAAUAUCGUAAAAGAUUUCAGUUGCCAAGUGAAGUAUUUGCUUCCUCCACAGAAGAAAAUGUUGGUAUGCUGAAUAAUGCUGCAUCUGGUGAAGAAUCACUCGCUGAAGUGGACCCAGAUGUCUUAGCUGCACUGGAAGAUGAUUUCAACUUUGAUGAUCCAGAUAACCAAUUAGAAGAUGAUUUCAUUGAAUUAGCAGACGCAUUUGAUACAGAUUUUGUUGAAAAGGAUAAUGAUAAAAAGAAAAGAAACAUAAAAUUUGAAGAUGAAGAUUCUGACACAGAUACAAUUAGUGAUGAUGGCAGUUAUGAUACAGAUACAUUGAAUGGUGAUGAUGAUGAGUAUUUUGAAGAAUCUCAAAAUGAUGAGCGAUGUCAGUCGAGCAUUUCAUAUUCAAAUGAUCCUAAAGAAGCAUAUCAACAAAUGCUCUCUAAGCAAUUUGAUAGGAUGUUAACAAUUUACGAUGAAGCAAGUAGACAACUAUAUGAGGAAGAUGAAUAUGAAGAAGGUAAAGGUCCUGAUGCGCCUACAGAGGAAGAAAUUAACAUGUUCGAAGAAGAUUUAAAUGAAAGAAGACAGACUUUUCAAUUGGAUAGAGAUGAGGAGGUUGUGGCUAAAACAAAAGAAUUGGCUAAAAGAAAGAAUGCUUUCAAAACAACCUAUGUUGAAUUUGAAGUGAAGGAAAAACCAGCUGAUUGCCAAUCGAGAAUAAGUACAAAUACACAAUAUCGUCCAACAGUUGUAGAAAUACCCAAAAAGCCUAGAAAAAUUGAAGUUAGUAAGAAAACAGGGAUGCCAAUAAACGUUUUAGGCAAUAAUAAUAAGCUAACACUUGCUGCUUUAAAACAGCAUAACAAAUAUGAAGAAUUGAAAGAGCAAGGACCCCGUUCAGUUUACACAAGUGUGAGUGCCCUAUCUUUUAGGGACAAAAAUGAAAGUUUGGAGGAGAAAAGACAGAGAAAACAAGAAUUGAAGAACUAUAGAAGAGAAAGACGAAUGGAGAAAAAACAGAACAAGCUAGCAUAUGAAGAGGAGCGCCAAAGGGUCAAGAAAUGUCAAGUUGCAAGUAGAGGCCUACUUCAUGGAUUUUAAUUGUAUAUAAUUCAAAUAAUAUGUAUGUUUUGUAUUAAAUUUAUAAUUGUUAGUA